UGAUUCUGAUUCACACAGAGUCGAUUCAUAUCACGUGAUGAGACAUGUUUGGGAUGCUGCCUGGUGUCACGUGACUCCGGGCUGCAGGACUUGCAGCAGCGCGAGCAGGCUGAAGAAAGCGGCGGUGGAUGUUUUCGAGCUUUGUGAUGGUGAGCCUCGGCGUCAGUAGGUGAUGUGAUGUGAAGAGACGACGCUGCCCGAGUGUGUGUGUGUCUCUGUGAGUGUGUGUGUGUGUGUGUGUGAGGUGUGGCGAUGAAGCUAAACGAGCGGAGCGUGGUGCACUACGCCACCUGUGGCGUUCCCCCGGAUAAAUCGGGCUUCCUGAUGAAGAAGAGCGAGCGCAGCGGGACGUUCCACCGGCGCUGGUGCGUUCUGAAAGCCAACCUGCUGUUCCUGUUCGAGGAGCGCGGGAGGCGCGAGCCGGUGGGCCUGGUGGUGCUGGAGGGCUGCACGGUGGAGCUGUGCGAGAGCGAGCGCGUCGACUUCGCCUUCGCCGUACGCUUCGGCACGAGCCACAUGCACACGCUCGCCGCCGACACGCAGGCCGAGAUGGAGGACUGGGCCAAGGCGUUAGCGCGCGCUAGCUUCCAGUACCUGCGCCUGGUGGUGCGUGAACUCGAGAAGCAGCUGGAGGAGGCACAGAAGAGGCACGAGGACGGAGCAGCAGGAGGUGGGGAGGAAAGUGCAGCGCUCCGUCCUGAUCUAACCGGCAGGGAGAACGGAAUUUCCUGGAGCGAACCACCGCAAACCGACGAGCUCGGAAUUCCGGGACGAGACAACAGCGUCUCCUGGAACAAACCCACGGCUGCUAACGGGGUGGCCUGGGAGAGCGAGUGUGGCGUGAAGGCGCGUCCUCCACCCGUUCCUCCACGCAGGAAAAGCCCCCCUGAAAUGGGUGUGGCUCACGGAGGGGUAGGCGUGUCUCCCGGGACCACCUGCUUCUCCAAACUGCACGACUGGUACGGAAAGGAAGUGGCUCAGAUCCGCAGCGAGUGGCUGCAGAGUCAGUAGCAGGAGAGUGUGUCGGAGUCGGGGCGAUAAUCAGAGUCACGAUACAUCUCAGAUUUCAGAACUGUAGAGUUACUUGGGAAGAGGCGGGGCAAAGAGUCCUGAGUGACUCACAGCCGAGCGUGUGAAGCUUUAACACCAGCAUGCGUUCAGAGGGGGGGGGGCAGUCUGCUGAGACGAGGAGCUGAGUGUACGGAACACUCAGUCUCUCCGUGUCUAAUCCGAAUCUCAGACUCUCCGUGUCUAAUCCAACUUCCACCGUAGUAUUUUUACACUAAUUCCGAAAUAAGCGAGACUCUCAUAAAUGUCCACGUUCACCAUAGAAACACAUUUUUCACGAAUAAGAUUGGAAUGAAAAGGUACUGAAACGACGUAAACGGAGAAACAGAGGCGCGACAUGGCCGUGUACGAGAGUCUAGACUGAAAGAUCGACAGGAAGUCACUGAACGUGGAUAAUUAACGUGUCCGUAUCGUCUCAGCAGACGUCUCGCCUUCUCGUUUAAGGGUACAGAGUUAACGCCGUCGUCUCGGUGCUUCACCAUCCUGCCUUCUUCUUCUUCUUCUUCUUCUUCUAAUCAGACUCUGUUACCAGGAGUUUUAUUACACUUUUAUACUCACUGUGUUUAAUCUUUAUACAUACAGAGGUCACUAAUACAUUUGAUACGGUUUUUAAUGUUUACCACGUGUUGAAGAUGAUGUUAAGAUUUUAUCUUUAAACAGGACGUGAGGAGGACACCUCCGGAUAGCGUGCCAUUAUAUUUCAGUGCCUUUUAUUUCUCCGUGUUCGUUUCCACCGUACUCCGGAAAUAAAAAGCAGGAACUGACGAGUCUUUGGGGGGUCAGGGGCUUAAACCCUCGAGAAGCUACACAACACAGCGGAUUCAAAGUAGAGCUGGUUCGGUCCGAUGCUGAAACCUUGAGUACGGAUACGAUACGAUACGAUACGAUACGAUGCUGAAACCAUCGUUGAUUGAAAGCUUUAAACUGAGCAAAUUGUAAGUGAGGUGUUUUAAAUAACUGCUGGAACACGUGACGCGUGUACAGGAUAUAAAAUACGUCCCCGUCCACACUGACUUCCACACGACGCUGACUUUUAUCCACAUACGUUAAAAAAACCUAUUAAAAUGUACACGUACACGUAUUAAAAUGAUAGUUAUAUUUGUUACACGACUCUACGGGGUUUAUACGUUUUUAUCUCCGGUAUCUGAUCCGGUAUGAUUACAGUGUCCGUACUCUAACGGUAACAAAGUACUCAAACACUGUCACGCUCAACAGAUUCACGUCCUUUAUAAAAUGGCCGCUCUGUCUGAAUGAUCGGCUCUGUGGUGCUGCACCAAUCAGUGAUGACCGGCGCUGUUAGCUCCGCCCCCGAGACCUGUUAGUUACCAUUGGCGCCCAUUUUUAAAAGGAACCAGAAAGAAAACGUCCAGCACGGGUGCUGAAAGUUUUGUUCCUUUGUGCGGUGGAAAUGCAGUUUUAUUUCAUAAUGUUUUGUUAGUAAUGAUCCGUGUUUAGCGCUGUAGCAUGUGUGAGCGCGACGUUAGCGAGCUGGAGCUGGUCUUUAGCAGAAUGUAUUAGUUAUAUAUAUAUAUGUAUAAGUAUAUAACGGUAAUGGAAUUGUCGAGUGUGUACGUGUCGCAUCCGUGUACUGUGAUGUACAGCGUUUACACUCGACAGCCAUGUCUGCGUUUCAGAAUGUCUGUCCUACGAGACAUGAACACAUUUUAUUUAGAAUAAAGAACGCGGUACUCGACGACAAACGAGCAGACGACCUGUUGCACUUUUUUAUUUUGGGAGAAACCUUGAUACUGGGGUUUUACAGAGACUGGGCGCACCAGUCUCCGUUUAUAUAUCGUAUCUAUAUCUGUGUACUCUACUACAUCUAUACAUCAUGUACCUCUACAUUUAACACUCUUUUAUUGAUCCACAUUCACCAAGUGCAGCCUGAGCGCAGGAGUACCGAAGGAAUCGAACACUUUCCAUUUGGAGUGCCUGUUACCGUUCCCAAGUUCUUUUCCCGAACAGCGCAACACGGCGUGUUUUAUUCCUCUGACUCCACAGCAGUGACUCGCCUUUAUGUGUUACAGAACGACGGGUCUUACUUUACACCUCGAUUUCUACAAAAACCCGUUUUCAUCACAGCAGCUAUAACCGUCGAUCCCUGACUGUCACAAUGCGCUGACACUGGAGACUCCUUCCUUAACUGUUAAAUAAAUACCUGCGUUUACAUGGACAGCAGUAAUCUGAUUAUUGACCUUAAUCUGAGUAAGAUAAUGUGAUUAAGGUGUUUAUAUGAGUCGCUUUUAGAAUACUCCUGUCAUGUUCCCGUUUUACAUGUUAUAGAACAUAAUUAGAUUAACAGCCCGCGUCAUUACGUCACCGCGCCACGCCGUCUGACGUCCCUCCAGAAUUUCACGUAUCAACUUACAGUUCGUCUUCGUUAUGGGACCGUAUACAGUUUUGGGUGUUUUUAUUUAUUUAUUUUUUUACGAACGCUUUAAGUGCAGUUAAUUAUUCGUCAUGCUGUACGUGCAAACAGACGACCGCUUGAAGCCGUGGGUGUGUCCCAAAUCGCAUACUUACCGUCUAUAUAGUAUCCACAUUUAUUUCCUCUAAUUACAGGCCUAUAGCCUGUAAGUAUGCGGUUUGGGACGCGGCCGUGCUCUCUUGUUUGCUGUAAAACAGUCGAGCGCUGCCGUGUGUGAUCGUGUCCUGUCGCACGAUGCAGUGAAAACUCACACGGCGUUAACAGUGUAAUUAAGGUGUGUACACGUCUGUAACGCACGUCGAUAAUGCGACUAAAACAGGAAUACUCCACACGUCUUAAUUCCAUUAGUGUUCACUUCGAGUGUGACUUUAAUCGGAUUAAGGUCAUCAAUAGUGUCUGAUUACAUGCUAGUGUCUUAAUCAGAGUAUCGUAUUAAUCGGAUUCAUAACAGAUCAUCGUUGUCCGUGUAAACGCACCGAUUGUCUCCUUUCUUUAGGAAAACUUCACCACAUCAGCGCUUUUUAAAUGGUGGAACAUCCGCCGUACAUGUCCCUGUGAACGAGGUGUUGCUAUGGAAACGAUAACGUAUUAGGACGAGCGCAUUGAGAUAUAAACCUGCGCUGCUGUCAGAGCUGCUGUGGGGAAUGAAUUCUAACUAGAUUACAAUGAUUUUGAAGUGUUAGAACCGUGGCUCUCUGUCGGGACUGAGACACUACAGAACCCUGGACACGGUACUGAACGGUCCUGAUUUCAGUAAGACUGUAACCCACGCUGCACGUUCUCUUGUGUCCCAGAUGAAAACUCUUGAUCUGUGCAGAAGAAAUUCCUGGGAAAUGUUUUAACACUCCGAGUCUAAUGUUUUUGUCCUGUUUCUGUGUCUAAUGAUUGUAUUGGCAAAUAAACCACUUCUUUUUACCCAACAA